GCAGCUUCGAGGUACCUUGAAACAGGAGCUCCUUCAAGCUCAGAAUAAGCCACCUUCAUCCGACCCGACGCUCACCAUCGUCAACACAUCAAUCCCUGGAUCGUCGAGAUAACAAUUCGAAUACCGUUGCAAUGAGUCUGUACUAUGGAGUGGGCGGCAUUGGGUCGUUCUUGACCAUCGUUGGAGCUUAUAUGCUCUUCACCGGAAGUGGCGAGUCCUUCGAUAUCGGCGGUUUUCUCGAAUCGGUUUCGCCUUAUACAUGGGCGACACUAGGAAUCGCGCUUUGUAUCGGUCUCUCUGUUGUCGGCGCUGCAUGGGGCAUCUUCAUUACCGGCUCGUCGAUUCUCGGAGGUGGUGUUAAGGCCCCUCGUAUCCGAACCAAGAACUUGAUUUCCAUCAUCUUUUGUGAAGUUGUCGCCAUCUACGGCGUCAUCAUGGCUAUCGUCUUCUCGCAAAAAGUCGAGAACGUUUCUGGAGCCGAGCUCUACUCCGCCAACUCCUAUUAUACUGGAUAUGCCCUCUUCUGGUCUGGUAUUACCGUCGGCAUGUGCAACCUUGUCUGCGGUGUUGCCGUUGGAAUCAACGGUAGCGGUGCUGCGCUGGCCGAUGCUGCCGAUCCUUCACUCUUCGUCAAGAUUCUUGUCAUCGAGAUUUUCAGCUCAGUGCUUGGCUUAUUCGGUCUGAUCAUUGGUCUUCUAGUCUCUAGCAAGGCCCCUGCCUUUGGCGAGAAGAAAUAAACCCGUCAUCUAUCCAUCACUUACCUUAGACAUCAUCAAGCCCGGCGGGUUUACCGACGGCACCACCUUGUGUGUUCAAAAGAGACGGAGCGCGUGCAUACAUUGCGCCAAUAAUAUUUGGUCAGGCGUUUGGAAGAUUGGCUUGGGAGGACGUAUUUUGGCUGUACCUGUACCAGUACCAGUAUCAUAUGGAGGUGGAAGUGUACAUCACGAUGAGAUUUGAAUUACAUGUUACUAAAGAUCUUUGUUUUACGCAGGAAUGUGCAUUGUAUGUUUGGCUAAAGCUCAUUACCGGGACUUGGACCAAUUUCUAAGCAGCCUGCACAGCGCCCAGUAGCAAAACCUCAACCUUUGAUCCCUUCUCCAAUUUUCCUUUUCCACUAGGCAAGAUGACCAAAGCGUUAGCUGACCUCAAGCUUCCGACCUUGGAGCUGCGUUGUCCUCCAGUACUGGUAGCUGAGAGAAGCCCAUCCUUGCCAACUGUGACCACAGCUCGAUGAUACUCGGGUCUAGGGUCUAGGGGGAAAUCGUGCGAGAUGACAGCAGGUACUCUUGGGAGGCCCUUAGUCGUGGCGCCAGAGAGCUUGUGCAGUGAAGGGAGCACAAACAAAUGGAAAGUAACCAGAGCCGAAGCUGGGUUGCCGGGAAGCGAGAAGAUGGUCUUGGUAACACGUUGACCCGAGUUGUCCUUGACAGGAACUGUGGCAAAGGUGGUUGGUUUUCCAGGCUUCAUAGCAACACGCCCGAAGUGAAUAGUGCCGCCAAGAGAACGCUCAAUCGUUGGUUUAAGGAGGUCGAGCUCGCCCAUGGAGACACCGCCGGUGGUAAUGAGAAGAUCUGCACGUCUGAGUCCAUCACGGAGCGUCUCCUCCAAAGUGCCGGGCUUGUCACUAGCGAUGCCGAGGUCGACAACUUCAUAACCCCAUUCCCUCGCUGCGGACAUGAGAGUUAUUCGGUUGGUGUCGCGGACUUCGCCAAGUUUUAGAUCACCCGGGCGGCUGUACUCGACGAUCUCAUCGCCAGUCGAUAGCACGGCUACUACAGGACGACGGUAAAUCUUUGCUUCUGAUACUCCCACAGAAGCGAGAAGGCCGAUCUCACCGCCCACACCGCUGAUAAUCUCUCCCUUGUUGAGGAUAACUGUGCCUUGUUUGACGUCACUACCAACUUCGCGGAUGUUCUCACCCUCCUUUACUCCGUCGACUUGAAUUUCAACUUCCUUCUCCUCCUUGCCAUCAUCUGACAUUGUUUUAAGGACAGUAUCUUCAACCAUAACAACAGUCGUGGCACCAGGAGGCAAAGGGGCCCCUGUGGUGAUUCUAGCCAGUUCUCCCUCAUUCAGAGCCCCGAUCUCACCAGGUGAAGCAUGAGAGAUGGCUGUUACUGGGAAGAUGCCCUUGAGCUGGCCAUCCUUAGGGGCCACGACUGCGUAG